AUGCAGUUCGUUGAAGUAACACCUUGCGGUUCAAAGGCGCAACCACACCCACGCUCGGGCCAUCGUGCAGUGGCAACUUAUUCGGACUUCUGGAUAUGGGGUGGCUAUUUUCCAUCGCAUAAUCCAGAGCGACCACCGAUGUUUGCUGAAUUGUGGAGAUUUAAUUAUGCGCUUCGACAAUGGACAUUAGAACCUACGACUGGUGAUGCACCGGACUCUACAGUUGCUUCACAUUCAAUGUGUGUGCAUCGCAAUCAUGUCUUCGUCUUUGGUGGUACUGGCUACCCAUUUGGACGUAAUGUUUCCAAUGAUUUGUUCAUGCUCGAUUUGAAACGACUGCAGUGGAAAAAACUGCAACUCCAAAAUCAACAGCCACACCCUGUCUAUGGCGCAAGUCUGAUUGGUAAAGGUGAUUAUUUAUAUGUAUUAUGUGGGACGGAUAGUUGGCGUUACUGUUCUGAUGUAUACGAGAUUCACUUACCAACAUUGUGCUGUACACAAAUUGGAUAUACAUUUGACGAACCAGAAGAUACAACAGGCAAUGGAAGAUAUCGACAAGAAGCACUUAUCUAUGGAGAUAAAAUAUUCCUAUUUGGUGGAGGUAGCAACUCUGGUCUAGCGUUCGCUUUCGAACUUUUGCCAGUGUUUGAUUUAAACGAACGUCGUUGGUCAUUUGUUCAUACGAAUCCAGAUCCAAUUCAUAAUUUUCCGACGGCGAGAAAGUUUCAUUCGAUAUUUCCUCUCGGUGAACAUCAGAUUCUGAUGUUUGGUGGUGCUAACUUCGAUCAAACAGCGGGCAUUCAUACGGUUACUGAGGCUUAUGUAUGGAUAUUUGAUUUUGAAAAGUUGGAAUGGUCGAGAUCGUCUUCAUCUAUGAUACAACCAACUUAUUUUCAUGCAGCUGCAAUGAAUCGCCGCGGAGAAAUCUGGUCUCAUGGUGGUGUUAUACAAAGAUCGACACACGAUUUGCCCGACGAACGUAUCACAUCAAUAUAUAAAAUGCAUACUAAAGUACCGGAUCUUACAGAAGUGUGCUGGGAUCGUUUUUUGAAUUGUCUUGCUGAUCGAAAUGUUCUGAUCAGUCAACCACAUUUACUCACACAGCUCAACAUUCCCCAUUUCUAUCUCUCGAAUAAUAUGCCAGGUGAAAGCGAUAAUCAAGCAACGUUAAACGAUCGUCCUUCGGUAACAACAUUAUUGAAUUCGCCUGAAUUUUAUACUGAAUUAAACAAUUUAUUGAUCAGUGACGGAAAUAAAGAAUCACUUGAAACACUUUCGAACUUACUUCUACCAAUUACUAAGCUUGACGCAACAGUUUGUAAAGGUCCUGUUUUGCCCGUUAAUGAUAUACGAGGUAUCGAUAGCCGUUCGUAUUCUAAAAAUGAACGCUAUUUACGAUGUAAAUUAGCAUCGUUGUAUCGUGUUAUUGAUCUUUAUGGUUGGAAUUAUGGUACAUGUUAUAAUCAUGUUUCUGUCCGUGUGAAUAAUAGUACAGAUCAAUUUCUUACUAAACCGAAUGGCUUAGCUUUUCAUGAAGUGACUGGUUCGUCGCUGGUGAAAGUUGACUCAAAUGGCUCAAAGAUUGAUCCCGGUAGCACGACGUUCGGUGUUAAUGCACUUAGUUUUUCGUUAUACGCAUCUGUUUAUAAACAUCGUCCAGAUAUCAAUUGUAUUAUUCAUGUUCAGACGCCAGCUGUUGCAGCUGUCGCUGCCAUGAAAUGUGGUUUCCUUGCACUUUGUCAAGAAGCACUCAUCUGUGGUCCAGCAACUAGUCAUGAAAUACAGAUCGACUUAGAUACCAAUCGUUUGUCGGUCGAUGAGGGUGUUCAAAAAUCAACGGCCAAAAUCCUUAUCCUUCCUAACCAUGGCAUACUAGCUUGUGGAGCAAAUAUCGAAGAAGCGUGGCAUAUAACAUUUCAUCUUAUUUUGGCAUGCGAAUCACAACUACGAGCAGUUGCAAUGGGCAUUGAUAAUUUGAUUAUUUCUUCAGAUCAAGCUGCGAAACAGGUAACAAAUACUGUUGCUGCAGGUGGCGGUGGAGUUAAUACAACAGAUGUCAAAUGGGCUAUCGGCGAACUCGAAUGGUCAACAUUAAUGGUUGUUUUAGAUAGGGCAGGUUAUCAUACUGGUUACAUCUAUCGUGAACCUUUAAUUCGCUUUAUUGACAAACAAUAA